UCCAUAAUUCAUCAUAAAUUGUGCAAGGGUGCUAUAGGACGCGCUAAACCAUAAGAGCCACAAAUCAAGCAUACAGGUUUCUGCUAUUUUAUCUCUAAAACAAUAAAAAGCAACAACAAAUACCUACAACAAGCAAACGGUGGAAUUGUCAACAAAUGAGCUCCUAUUUUGUGAACUCAUUCUGCGGUCGCUAUCCCAAUGGCGCGGACUUCCAGUUACAUAAUUAUGGGGACCAUAAUACGGAAAACGAGCAAUACAGAGACUCAACCGCCGUGCAUUCCAGCAGGUAUGGCUAUGGCUACAACGGGAUGGACCUAACGGUCGGGCGGACCGGUACCGGACACUUUGUGGGCAGCGAGCGGACACAGGGCUACUCCCCGAGUCACUCAGCGGCGACAACCCCCUCGGUGGAGCCGGUCAGGUACACUCAGUCCGCGAACAGCACCGGGACGUCGUCUCUUUCACCGCCACCUGACCCGCUGGCGUGCUCCGCGGUCGCCACUUCGUCCCCGGUCACCGACACUCAAUCUCAACACCGAGCUGGGAAAAACUCUCUCACGGCCCCGUGCUCGAACUCCAACGGAGGAAGUCUGCUCCUCGGCCGGGAGUGUGUGUCCAAAGCUUCGCCCCUCGAGGAGGAGAAGGCUGCCGGGAGCGCACCGACAACUCCUCAAAAUGUCACCGACUCGACGCAGCCUCAGAUAUAUCCAUGGAUGAGAAAACUGCACAUAAACCAUGAUCUGUCAGGACCAGAGGGUAAGAGAGCCAGGACUGCUUACACCCGCUACCAGACCCUGGAGCUGGAGAAGGAGUUCCACUUCAACCGGUACCUGACCCGCAGGAGGAGGAUCGAGAUAGCCCAUGCCCUCUGCCUCUCGGAGAGACAGAUCAAAAUCUGGUUUCAGAACCGCAGGAUGAAGUGGAAGAAAGACAACAAGCUGAAGAGCAUGAACAUGGCGGCUGCAGGCGGGGGAGGCUUCAGGCCUUGAUUUCCCCUUCUCUGCCCCCCCUGAUAGCGAGCACUAUGAAAAUAAAACAAAGAUUGUCAUAUCAACAUACUCCUACUAUUUGAAAAAAAAAAAGUGCAGAGACUUGUGAACGGGGCUUUGUGCGGGACAGGGGACACCCCACUUAAGUCCAUUCUUUGUUCCACAACCGUCCCAUUAUAUUCCUUAAUAUUAUUUACUUUUUAUUUCCACCAUGGUAAUGCUUAUGUGAUAAAAAAAAAUAAAAGAAUUAUGUACAGUUAUGUCUAGAUUUAGUAGAAAAAGCAACGAAAUAAAUGUUUGUUUAAAUUAUUUCUUGUUCAGACGAAAAAAAAAAAUUAAAAAACGUCAAAGCUUGAAAUGCUACAUAUACCGCAAAAUAAAUAAAAGUUGUGUAAUGCACUCAGAACAAUACCAGCCUAAUAAAUAGAGGGUUGAGGUGGAGCUGUCUUUGUGUUUAGCCUUCGUUUGGAUGUAUGUACUGUAUAUGUAUGUAUUUAUUUGUUUGAUGUAUUGUAACAACUUAUCAGAUAACUUGCUUCCAAAAGUAGAGCCAGCAGAGUACGUAAGCAUCGUGUGGUUAUUGUGUGCGUUGUGAACACGUGGGUGGAGAGAGGUGGGCGACAGUCUUGUAUGUACAGUAGCCUUGCGUCCUAUUUUCUAUUUUUAUUUUGCGGCUGUUUGCGUUGUUCACCUGGGCAUCUUAGUAAAGUCGUGUUGUCUUCGUUUCAUAGUUGUUUUUAUGUGGAACGGUCCCACAGUAAAUCCCAUUACCUAUUUGUAUAACUCCAUCGUGACUAGCUUUUUGUAAAUGUUUUUUCCAAGACUGGAAGUCAAGAAUAUACUAUAAUAUGAAUAAUGAUGCUGAUGACGACAAUGAUAAUGGUCAUUAUAAUAAAAUUUCUACUGGAACGGCAACAAUA